GGGGGAAAAAAAGUAAACCCAUUACUUCCUCUUUCUUUUCUUCCUUCUGGCAUCUGCCAUUGGCAGAGAAAAAAAGAAGAAGAAGAAGAAGCUGAAUUUCAAUGGCUGCAACAGCUACAAGAACCCAAAUUCAACCUCCAAACCCUUUGCUCAAACCUCCACAAAGAUCAAACCUUGUUUGUUUCUCUUUUGCUGCAUAUUCCAAAGCUCUUAUCCACCAUCUCGGAUCCCUCGACAUCCCCAUCCUCCCCGGCUUAACUGACCAAGAAUUCUCCUCCAUCGAAUCUACUUUCCAUUUCACCUUCCCUCCCGACCUUCGUUCUAUACUCCGAGAAGGCCUCCCAGUCGACCCUUCUUUCCCGAACUGGCGAUCUUCAUCCCCUCAGCAGCUCAACGUUCUCCUCAACCUUCCUUUGUUGUCUCUUUCGAAGAAUAUUAAGCUGCGCAACUUUUGGUCCGAGUCAUGGGGAGCUAAACCUUCGAAUCCCAAUGAAGCUCUGGCUUUGGUUGAAAAAUUGUUUAUGACGGCGCCCCUUUUAGUUCCCAUAUAUCGAAACUGUUAUAUCCCUUCGACACCAAACGUGGCGGGAAACCCUGUUUUCUACGUUGAUGGGGAGGAAGUUAGAAUCUUGAGCUUUGAUGUCGCUAGGUUUUUUCAGGAAGUUGAAUUUUUUAGAAGAGGUGGGGUUUUCAAGUCUUUCACGAGGAGGAAAAGCAAUGGUGUCAAUAACAAGGUGCCGGUUUGGGCGGCGACUUCCGCUCGGAUGAUUGAGUUUUGGACAGACGUGGCGGAGAGAGGGAGGAGGGUGGUGGCGCGUGGGGUGACUACGGGGUGGUGGAGUAAGGGCGACCCGGUGGAUGAUGACUUCGGGUUGGGCAGAUGUUUGGAGGAAGUGUUCUGGAGAUUGCGAGAUGGAGGGUGGAGGGAGGAGGAAGUGGGGGAGAUGAUGAUGAUGGAUGGCUGUGAUCAAAGCGAGAACAAAGAGAAUAAUGCGACCUCAUCGUUGCGGGUUUUGUCGGUUGUGUUGUUACGCGCGGGAUGGAGUAGGGAAGAUGUGGUGUACUCGCUUAAUGUCGACGACGCUGAAGAAAAACCAUUUUUGGAACCUGAAUCUCCAAAUAGCUAAUUCCAUUGUUGAGGGAGAUGAUAAUGGAAAUAGCAGAAUCUAACCGCCGAUUGAAGUGCAGUGCACAAACAUUUCAAUUAUUCUUUUCAUACAUUUACAAAAAAGGUAGCUUCUUAUGAUGGUUAGAUACUUUUGGGUCGCGUAUAGAAACACAAAUGAAUAUUAGGGUCAAUGAUCCCUUUCAUAGAA